AUGGCCCAUUUCUGCAAAGCACCAGCUAGGCCAAUCAACCAGGUCCCUGGCACAGGAGCAAUCCAGGCCUGCUACGGGUGUGGCGAAAACGGGCACUUCAAAAGAGAUUUACCUAAAGCCAAGAAUGCUGGCGGAACAGGAAGACUGCUUGCUAUCGGUCACGAGGAAGCAAUGGCGGACCGCACCGUAGUCACGGGUAUAUUCCUCCUCAAUAAAUCAUAUGCGUGCAUACUAUUCGAUAGUGGAGCGAAGAGAAGUUUCGUGAACCAAGAAUUUAAGCACUUACUUAAUCAAACUGCGCAAGCACUAAAACAAACGUCCAUCGUAGAAAUGGCUAAUGGAAAGACCGAGACUUCUAACAAAAUUUUCAUAGGAUGCACUGUCUCCUUAAAUAGCCAUUCAUUUUCAAUCGACCUCAUGUUGGUAUCAAUUAAAAGUUUUGAUGUCAUUGUUGGCAUGGACUGGUUAAGUCGCCAUCAUGCUGACAUUUUGUGCUUUAAAAAAGCCGUUCGUCUUCACCUAUCGUCUAACGAAACACUAGUUAUCUGUGGCGACAAACCAGGCACAAGCCUUCGUAUCAUCUCAAGUAUGCGAGCACAGAAGCACUUACGAAAGUAA